AGCUCUGCAAGCACCGCCACGUCUAGAAGGGUAGGGGGCAUCGACAACAACGUCAUGUCGAGCAGUGCGGAUCGCGGCCGCAUGCGGCGGGACAGGACGUUCGUCGGCAGCGAGUGCGCCGUCUGCGAGGAGCCAUUGGAGCACACGCUGCGCGGCGAGCGCAUCCUGCAGUUCUCCUGCUCUCAUGUCUCCCACGAAGCCUGCUUCUACGAGUUCAUCCGCGAGAUGGAGGCACAGUACUGCCCAACGUGCGAUGCACCCCUGCAUCUCGACUCCAGCCGCGGCGGCAAUGUCCUGGACAUCAACAAAAUCAGCAACAUGGUGCGCACUGCUGGCACCGAGUCAAGGGCUGGCACCGCUACGCCGGCGCCUACCUGGGAAGGCCAGGGAUCGUCCCACGUAGAUAAUAGCACACCGAGGCGACAGCAACAGCAACAACAGCAGCAGCAGCAGCAGCUGGCGCACACCCCAAGCGUUGGCAGAUCCAGCGUUGGCAGGUCGAGCGUUGGCAGAUCGAGCCAUCGCGAUAUCAGGGACUCUACCUCGGAGCGCUAUGCGUCUACGAGACAUACUCGCAACGACAGCACUGGCAUGGCCUCUUCAAACGGCUAUCCCGAGACUGCCCAGAGCGGCUCUCAAUGGCGCCACGACUAUGACAUUCAGACAAUGGAGGCAACGCCCAGCAGCCCCCGUGCCGCUACAAGAAACCCCAUCCCACCUCCUAUCGUCACCAUUCGUUCCGAGUUUCCCACCAUUAGCCGAUCUCGCCAGCAACAGACUCUCACCUGCCUCGUUACGGUCGAGGUUCCCGACAACAACUGGCGGCCAGACCCCGAGGAUAUCGGCUCGCCUGUGCAGUCGCAGUUGGCCAUCAACCCGGGCAUUACGGAGGCGGCCCCUCGCGCCAUAUCGCCUGCUCCGACGCCGACAUCCAGCGCUCCACGCUUUCACCCAUACGAGUCCGCCGAGGUUCUCGAGGAGAUGACGGAGAAUCUACGCAACCGCGUCGACAACUGGCACGGGCUGGAAUUUAGCCGCUUCGGGCAGCUGAGGCUGUGCGGUACACUGCGGGUGGGCAAGGACAAGGUGUCUUGGCAGGAACUCGAGUGCUAUCUCUUUUCAGAGAUGCUCAUCUGUGUCAAGGAGAAGAAGCUUCCGGCUCAGUGGGAUGAUGGCCAGCGAAAGCCAGCCACCCGCUGCACGCUUAAGGGGUCCAUCUUGAUCAAGAAGCACCUGAAUGACGUGACGGAGACGGGUGCCAUUGAUGAGAAUAUCCUGACGCUCAACCUCUCCGUGGCCGAACUGCCCCAGUUCCAUCUCAGAUUCGACAACCGGAAUCAACUGAAGCUGUGGAACCAAGCUCUCUUGGACUUGAAUGCGGUCGACUUUGCGCCCUCUGUUCGGAGCCCCGACAUGGACCGUGGCGAAAUGUCUGAAAACGACGAGGACCCCGACUGGAACCGCGUUGGCCGCCAGCGCGUAUCCUCCAUCGCCUCGUCCUGGGGCCACAAGUCCGCCGCGACUGCGAUGACCGAGUACACCAACGUGCCCAGCAAGGCGGCUCGCCUUCCGACCCCUGUUCACGUUCCGAUUGACGUUGUCGUUGUUGUCCCCAUUUCCUCGUCCAUGCAGGGGGUCAAGAUCAACCUCGUCCGCGACGCGCUGAAGUUCAUGGUCAGCACUCUCGGCGAGAGGGACCGCAUGGGCCUCGUCACGUUUGGCUCUGGGGGCGGCGGUGUGCCUAUUGUUGGUAUGACCACAAAGGCCUGGCCCGGUUGGUCCAACGUCCUGGGCUCGAUCAAGCCAGUUGGACAAAAGAGCCACCGCGCGGACGUGGUUGAAGGUGCCAACGUCGCGAUGGACCUGCUGAUGCAGCGAAAGCACAACAACCCUAUUGCCACCAUUUUGCUCAUUAGCGAUGCAUCGACGUCUGAUGCUGAUUCCGUGGACUUUGUCGUCUCUAGGGCAGAAGCUGCAAAGAUCACGAUUCACUCAUUCGGACUGGGAAUGACGCACAAGCCCGACACAAUGAUUGAGCUCUCGACAAGGACCAAGGCAUCUUACACAUAUGUUAAGGACUGGAUGAUGCUGCGGGAGUGCUUGGCUGGCUGCCUGGGCAGCAUGCAGACUCUGUCCCACCAAAACGUGAAGCUUAAGCUCAAGCUUCCCGAAGGGUCGCCUGCCAAGUUCCACAAGAUUAGCGGCGCUUUGCAAAUCACCAAGCGAGCCACAGGACGGGAUGCGGAAGCGUCACUCGGCGACCUGCGCUUCGGAGAUAAGCGUGACGUGCUGGUGCAGCUCGUGAUCCUCCCGGACACCUCUUCUCAGGAAACGCUUGCUCCGGACCCGUGGGACAACAUUGUCUCAGGGCUUGAGGCUCUUGGUGGCUCGGCGGAUACGGAUACCGAGAGGACUCUUUCGGUCGAGGAGGUACCCCUGAUCCAAGCUGACCUCACCUGGGGUGACAUCUUGCGGGAUGGCACCACUGCGCAGAUGCCCCGGCCAUCCCUGCUGGCCAUUACAAUGCUCCCAGCAAACCAUGGCCAGAAGAACAAGUGGCAGAACACGCCGCCCAUUCCGCCGCACCCAAGCGUUGUCCAGAGACGCAUGGAGCUGCUGACGUCGGACAUGCUCACGCGUGCGCUGACUCUUGUGAGCCGCGGUCAGCACGACCGCGCUCAUACGCUGCUGAACGAAACCCGCUCCAUCCUCAAAGGCCUUGGAAAGGGCGGCCUACCUCCUGUGCCCCCUAGCAAAUCGCUGCCCUCUACACCGCACCCGGGCAAUGACGGGUCUUCGGCAUCCGGAACGCCCGAUCGGAGGCGUAGCCCGUCGCCCAACUCGGCAGCCUCAUCCUCCGGCAACAACAUGCCUGGCUCUGCCCUUGGGCCUCCUCCUCCUCUGGGUCGAACGCGUUCCACAGAUGGGCUGGCGCUUGGCGCUGGCAUCGAUGCCACGACGGUAUCUGCUCUUGAUGCCGAACUGGAGAGCAGCCUGGAAUGGAUCAACCAUCCUGCCGUGUUUGGCCGCGACAGCCGCAAGGCGGUGCUUCAAGCGAUCGGAGUCAUUAGUUCCCAGAGGGCCUUUACAUCCCGGAGCCCCGUCGAGAGUCUGUGGGCGAACCGGAUCAGUGGCAUCAAGCGCCUUGCAGAGCGGAGCCGAGAGUGGCGAGAAGAGGGCGGCGGCGAGGGAGGAAUCACAGAAGAGGCUUGA